AUGGACGCUCUCGACGAGGCACUGUUACAAUUAGGAGAGUUUUCUGAUGAAGAAACAGAAACCAAAACAAGAAAAUCAAAAUUAGAAUCAUUUCAAGAAAUCGACAUUCUUGCCGAAAUCCCAGGACCGUCAAAAGAAUCACCAAAAAAAUCAUUAAUAGAAAGAAAAGAUGAGGAAGAUGAUGAAUUAUUAGUAAAUCGGAAAGAACUGUCCGAACAUGGACGAGCAAUUGAAAAAUGGCUGAAUAAUAAGAAAACAACGUCGAGUUUUAUUUCAUCACAGGAAUUUCAGUCUAGUCGAAACAAUGUACUCAUGGGUCUUUCGAAACCUACAAUCUCUAAAGGAAAAGAAGGCGAUUUUAUUGCAAAUAUGGAUAAAUUCCAAAUCUCCGUGAGGAAUCCCAAAGUAAGUUCGCAGAACUUUGGAAUACUCACUGCCGGAAUGAAACUCGUCAAAUUAACAGAAUUAAAGCCUGACUCAAAUUUCAAAGAUUCUUGGUGCACAAUGGGAGUUGUUGUGGAGAAGGGGAUCAGCAAGAAAAGCGCGAACGGAAACGAGUACCUUAUUUGGAGAGUUCAUGAUUUGAAGGAUUGCCAAACACCCACACUGAAAUUGCUAAUGUUCGGAAAUGCGAUUGAGGAGCAUUGGAAAAUGCCGAUAGGAAGUGUUAUUGCACUUUUGAGCCCUCAAGUGUCAGCAGAUUCAACAGCGGCUCCAUCCAAAAAACCCGCAAUUGUGUUGAGAGUUGCAAAAGGACGACAAAUUCUCGAGAUCGGCUCGUCUGCUCAUUUCGGAACUUGCAAGGGAACUCGUCAAGACAACAAUAAAUGCUCGAAUUUCGUGAAUACCUCGCUGAGCGAAUUCUGCGUUUAUCAUGUGAUGAGUGCUGCACGGAAGAUAUCAGCGAAUCGAGGAACAUUCAAUGCUGUCACUUGCGGUCCGAACCUCGGCGGAAUCGCGAUGAUCAAAAAGAAGACUGAUUUGCGAAGAAUUAAAGGAAACCCUGUACCGCCUACAGCGAAUGCGCCGACGAUUCGACCAUCAGCAUGCAAUUCAUUUUCGACGUUGAAUGCCAAAAAAGUCACGAAGCAAGAAGAAAAGGCGAAUUUGGAGGAUAUUUUAGCGCAGAGGAAAAACACCCUUGCUGCACGCCAAUUCCUGAAAAUGAAAGAAAACGAAAAAAGUGUGGACAAAAAAGGAAAAUUGGAGGAAAUUCUUGGAGAGUUGGGAACUAAUCGGCGAAAAGAAGAAAAACAAAUGUCGAUGGGCGAUUUUUUGAAGAACGAAGAAAGGAAAGAGCGCGAGAACGUUGUGGAUUUGUCGCAAACGAGUUCACCGGGCGCUUCGAGACUUUGGGCUUCUUCAAUGAAUCAGGCGAAGAAGCCAACAGGAGCAAGAGAUGCUCAGGAAUACGCAGCAAGACUGCGCGCUAUUGCAAUCCUCAAAAAGCAGAAAUCGGAAGGAGCGGUGAAACGAAAAGCGGAACCGCCGAAUAAUGAGCAAGAAGCGAAGAAGGCGAAAACUGAAAAAGAGGAACGAAGCAAAAUGGACGAAAUCAAGAAAAUGUUGGCGCGGAAAAGUAUUCAUCACAACGAAGCCGAAAAGGAAGAAAAUGAUCGUCUUCAAAAACAUUUGAGUAGUAUGGAAGAGCGCGAAAAAAUCGAAACAUUUACCACAACUUGCAUGUCGGUGAAGAAUAUCAAAGUUGUCACGUGUAAUCAGUGCAAAUACACUGCACCAACGGCUAGUAAACUUUGCAUCGAGUAUGGGCAUAAACUGGUGAAGCAUGAGGCGGAGAAGCGGUUUUUCAAAUGCUCUGGUUGUAAGCACCGAACGACUUGUUUCGAAUUUAUGCCGACGAAACCAUGCAAUACUUGCAAUGAAAACAACUGGAUUCGAGUAGCAAUGCGCGACGAGCGAAAAGUGCUUCUUGAAACCGAAAAUCUCGAAAUUCGCGGCGAGGAGCGAACAUUUGUCAAUUCGUAG